GCGAAUAACGCGCGCGAGUUAUGCAUAUGUUUUGCACCGCCAAUUUAAUGGUAUAGUGAGUGACCGGACGGACGGACACGACAUAGUGAUGGCCGCCACUAACGGUGCGGCCGACGGCGCCGUUGCCUUCAAAAACGGCAAUUUAGUCAGACUUUUGUUAAGAGAUUUCAUGACGUAUAAGAAGGUGGAGAUGAAGGCGGGACCCAAUUUGAAUCUAGUGUUGGGUCCGAACGGAACGGGAAAAUCAGCGCUCGUUUGCUCUAUAAUUAUCGGUUUGGGAGGCGAGCCGUCGACCACCGGUCGCUCCGGACAUUUGGGCGAAUACAUUCGUUUCGGUUGCGAUUCAGCGCUCGUCGAGAUUGAGUUAUACAACGAGACUCCGAAAGCGAAGAACUAUCUGAUCCAACGGGUUAUGCAAUUCGGCCGAAUCGAUGGCAACGCCUAUACACUAGACUUUCAGUACCCGUUCAGUGCAUUACAAGCUCUGGCCGUCGCUUUGGCUAAUGUUACGCAACGAUUGAAA